CUACACAACGAAAAUCCGGUUAAGCAUGUAGGGAUCUGUAUUACGAGUUCGCGUUGCAUAUUUGUAUAAAAGGACUGAAGAAGGGAAGAGUUUCAGGCAGGUUGUCCGGCAGCUCACAGGUCAGCUUAAAACUUACCAUGUAGAAACAUUAUUCGAACAUAGAUUUCGUAGAUUUAUCACUCUGGCCUGCUGACACACGUGUAUUAUUACUGUUCUGUUUGAAGUAAUUUUGCAAGAUUCUGCAUUAAGUUCGAGAUAUAGUCGGAAUACACUUUUGAUAUAUACGGAUAUCUAAUAUAUAACUACUGACUAGCAAAAAUGUUGUUAGCGUUAUUUUGUAAUAAACUGACACUUACUGUAAAUUUCACAUAAUACUGAUAAUAAGACCUUUACAUGUUUAGAUUUAUAUAACAUACGUGCAGCAGUAGGCCUGUAGAUACUGUAAAUGUUUAGCACUAAUAUAAAGGCAAUUUUGAAACAGGCAUAAAGACAUAAUUAUUUGCAACGAUAGCAUUCUCUCGCAAUGUUAUGUACGGCAACUUGAAUAUGUGUUAAAUAGAUAUACAUUUUUCGAAGAUCAAAAUGAGAAUUUUAUAUAUAGUCACUUUAUAUGUUAGCAUUUGCUUAAAUUUUACAAAUGCGGAGAGUUCAUCGAUGGAAAAGAUAAAAGCUGAUCUUAAACGAGAUUUGGACUUGGAAUCAAGUCGUUUAGAAAGUGUUUUUGAUAGAAAAUUAAACGAGCUAAAAGAAAGCAUUGAUGCACGCUUAGAAAUUCUGGAAACUGGCGUGAAUCUUAAAUUAACAAGCAUUCAAGAGAACGUUUUGACAGAAGUCAGACAAGACAGCACCAGAAAUAAUGGAUCAGGCCAAGGAUUUCUGGAUACAAUGAAGAAUGAAAUGGACAAGCACGCAACUGUCGUGCGUAAUGCAAUUUCAUCUGAAAAACAAUAUUUAAGAGACAAUAUCAAACGGCUUCAUUCAAUGAUAAGAAAAACAGAGGAAACAGUUGAGGAAAACAUCCGUGCUGCAAGAGAAGAACAAAUCAAGAUAGAAGAAAGUAGAGAUACAGGUCCCAGCGAGGUUCCGGCAGCACAUUUAAUGGGAUCGACCUAUGAUCGAAUGGAAUAUCCUGGUAUGCAGCUGUUUCCAAUUGUUCACUGGAUCAGUCAGGAAGCUUUUGCCUUCACACGCAAGGUACAAUACCGAUUUGGCCGAAUUGUUAUUUCGGAAGAAGGGCUGUACUAUGUCUACAGCCAGUUGUCAUUCUUAGAAGUUUUCGAUAAUCCGAGGAAUAUAGAGACUGGUUCCCUGCCUCUAUCGCACUAUAUAUACCGUUACAAUUUUAUAUAUCCACGUGGCGGCGAGGAAUCUAUGAUCCAAAGUAGUAUCACAAAGUGCUGGGGCCAGAAUCAAGCGUUUGGAGAAUACACGAGUUAUCUUGGUGCCGUGUUCCAUCUGCGGCAGGGCGAUGAAUUGUUUGUUAAGGUUUCUAAUUUGACAUUGAUUGUGAGAGAACCAAAAUUAAAUUACUUUGGUCUCUUUAAAGUGAACUAACUACUGUUGAUAUUCUGUGAACAAAAUUAUUUGGCAAUGGACAUAUACAUACGUUUUGCCAAUAGAAUAUCUGACUUGACUUUUCAUUGACAACAACAUGAUAGAACAAUUAUUUCACAGAUAAUUUUAUGUUAUUGUUAAGCUGAAACAUAACAACAAACAUUCUUUUAUGCUUAAACAUAAAGGCUUUGUAAUGAUUAACAUUGACUAAUUCAUAAUCAAAGCUUAAAGCUUAAUGCAACCUAUCAAACAAGAUCCUUUCAAAGCAUAGAAAAUUUUAUAGAAAAACAAUAUCAUUCAUGCUCGGUUUGAUUAAGCUUGUACAGAAGUGGUAAUAAAAUGUGCAACAUUUAAAACGUUUUGUAGUGUAAAUACUACAUUUGCCUUUAAAAGGCAUCUAAUGUAACGUGGCAUGGAGGGAAUAGUUACAAGUGCGAUUAGGUUCAAAUAGUUUUCACUUAUAUAAAGUCUUAAAUGCAUAUGUGUUCAGCAAUCAGGUCUAGUAUAAAAACGUAUUGACGUAAUUAAUUAACAUAUACUGUUGUUUAGAUUCCCUAACCUUUACGUAAUGAGGUUUAGAAGAUAAUAAAUCCUUUAUGAUAAAUUGUAAAACAUUAAAUUCAAAACAAAAUACUUUACGUAUUAAACAUGGCUGACGUGCAUUCUUUAUGAUAGGUGUACAACGGUAUAUGGUCAAUAUGGAGAUACUUAAUUGUUCAAAUUUGGUUUAAGAUAAUAGUUUUAUUUCCCGGCAUAUAAGGGUAAGGAAAUUCGAAUCCCACUCUGAUAAGAUACGAAGAAUAAUUUCCCGUGAAGAGAAGAUAAUACAUGAAAAAAUAAGAAGAUUGAUUUUCUGCCAUGAUAAGAUAAGCUGAGUCACAUUGCGACAUGACAAGAUAAGAAACCUGUGGGGCAUCAGUGGCAGAGUGGUGAAGGUCACUGACUUCGAAUCAUUUGCCUCUUACCGCUUUGGUUUCGAAGCCUCUCUUGGGUGCAGAUUGUUUUUCCUUUAUGACAAUUAUAAUUGUGUCGGUGUAACAGGGAUUCAUUUAAAAAACACAAGGUGUAUAAAUUACUGAUCAGUAUCUUUUGAAAAUAUAGGGGAAGCACAGAUAAUCGAUUUAAACAUCCCAUGGGAGUGGUGUUUAUGCCGCUAACCAUUCCAAAGCGGUAUCCCUCUCUGAUUCCAAGUUGGUUGUGUCCUCAAUGUUUAUUUGCUUAACACUGUCUUUCUACAUAUUCGUUAUGUACACUUCUUUACAUACAGUGUUGAAAACUUGCAUCCUAGAGGAACUGUCCUUUUAAAACGUUCUUAUUCCUACUUGGUACUUGUUUUUUGUGUUUUCAGAAUAAGCUACAGGAAAAUGUAUGAGAGUAAUUUUCGGCACUUUUCUAAGACAUUAUUUUGUAAAGUCAAUAUUUGCUUCCGCAACUUCUAGAAAAGAUCGAAACUUGUUUUGUCAAUUAUCCUUUAAGCAACACGUAAAGAUUGGAAUAUUCGUAUAUAUUCAAAGGAAAAGACCAAAUGGAAACCCAAAUUAAGCAAACAGGCAGCAAUUUCUGUAGACGACAAAAUUAGAAUGUGCCAUUCAAUAGGCGUCAAUCACCCUGAGAAGCAAUAUCAGUUAAUCACAUUUCUUAUAUGUUUCCUCUCAAUCGAAAUACCCAACAAUUUGUAUAGCUUCUCAAAACUUCUUCCUUAACAUUCGUAAACAUGUCUCAUAAAGAUUUCUCUUAUAAAAAUGAGAGAAUUACUUAAGUGGGAUAAUCAGCUACGUAACAUAAAGUAAUCUGAUGUAUUUAUUACGUGAUCCAUUGUCACGUAUUUGUACUGAAAGUUAACUGAACUAAUUUUUGCAUAACACAAGCCAUAUCUUACAUAUCUGUUCUUGUCCCGUUCCAUGCGAAAACCCGGCAUGUGAAAUGUUUAGUAAAGUGAGGAGACUGCAGUUAAAGGAUUUUGGCAUCUAUAGGGUGAAGUAAUGAAAAUUAAAAUUUGUUUUGGUCAAUUGCUAAUCUUUCACACAUGAGGAUGUAUGAGACCUUUUAAUUCGUUAAUGAUUGCAAAAGGUAUCAUUAUGUAGCAUGGAAAUGGCUUUUUUCAACGACCCUGCGCGUUUUUAAAUGUCAUUUUGCAUUUACACUAGUAACAGUGUCACGAAAUAUCAAAUGCUGCAAAACGUCCAUUCUAUAGAUAUCUGUACAUAAUUAUGUUUAUGACGAUCUAUUAAAACCAUUAACUAGCAAAAAAAGUGCAAUGAAGUAUGUUUCCAGUAAACAGUUUUUCCUCUUAAACAUGUUAAAUGAAGAUGUCUUAAUUGAAAUUAACGUGUCAUAUAAGUUGUAAUUUGAAGUCUCUCAGAAAGGUUUAAGUUUUCUUUACUAUUUGCAUCGAUAUUCAUGCAUUUUGCAGAUUUUAAUGCUCAUAUAUUUGUUUUAAUACAAGUAAUCGAUGCACCUCAUCUUUCUUACAACCUAAUGGUCACUAUGGAAAUUUCCAUUAAAAGACAAAGUCUG